GCGUUGAUAUUGUUUUUGGCGCUCUUAACAAUUUUUUAAGUUUACCUAUUGUGGUAAAAUUGUGUUAAUAUGUACUAAAUGGAUGCCCAACCGGAAAACGUUACCAAUUGCUUUUUGCCCCAACUUGUCGAUCAAAUCUUUGACAACUUUCAAAGGGAAGCGGCGAUUUCCACUCCAACCAAUGAAAACCGUAGUCAAUUUUUCUACGAUUUAAGUGUGAUACUUGGGGAAGAGUUGGUAAGGCGUACACUUCAACUUCUUGACGUUUAUAGGUUCACAUAUUAUUACGCCAAGAACCGACAAAAUCAGUGCGUGGUAGAGCUCUACAAGGGAACGGAAUACUUUCGGCUACUGCCAAAGAUCAACUAUUGCAAGUGCGAUUUCUUUCAAAGCUGUGUGCUGCAGCUGCCCACCGGACUUCUUUACCCGGACAUACCAGCUGGACAAGACUUCGAAUUAGCAGGUUGGAACGAAGUCAGUAGGCAGUCCUUCACAUGCCAGCACGUUCUAGGUUUACGUCUGCAACAGUUACUUAAACUGAGUGACCAAAAAGUUAACGAACAACUUCUUAACCCAGCGGAGUUCCGAGAGGUUUACCUUUCUUUAUUUGAGGACUAG